AUGUACCCUCAACACGGUGCCCCUAUGGCGCCGCCUCAGAAGCCGGAGACCUUCAUGCUGUCUAGCGAAGCGCAGCAGAGCUUGCCUCACGAUGCACAGGUUGCUCUCCAGCAAGUUGAUAACUUAAAAUACUUCCUUCUUUCGGCGCCAGUAGAUUGGCAGCCAGACCAACUCAUUCGGCGAUUCCUGCUCCCAACUGGCGAUUACAUCUCCUGCGUCCUCUGGAACAAUCUUUUCCACGUUUCAGGAACCGAUAUCGUGCGAUGCCUUGCAUUCAGAUUUCAAGCUUUUGGACGCCCAGUAAAGAACUCGAAGAAAUUCGAGGAAGGUAUCUUUUCCGACCUGCGCAACCUGAAGGCUGGGACCGAUGCUACUCUUGAAGAACCGAAGAGCCCGUUCCUCGAUUUUCUUUACAAGAACAAUUGUAUCCGAACUCAGAAGAAGCAAAAGGUCUUCUACUGGUACAGUGUGCCUCAUGACAGACUGUUCCUCGAUGCGCUAGAGCGUGAUUUGAAGCGGGAGAAAAUGGGCCAGGAAGCCACCACUGUCGCAGUCAGCGAGCCUGCUUUGUCUUUUGAGUUUGAUUCAUCCCAGUCAUUGUAUGAGCAACUCACAAAGGCACAACAAGCGAAUUCAUCAUCGUUUGCUGCACACGCAAGUACGACAUAUGGCCAAUCUGCAUCCCCAGUCGUUCGGACCGUUGACGCAAUGCCUCCUCCCCAGAUGGCUACCCAGAUGGCUCCCCCGUCGAUCCCCCUUCUCACGGACGAGACAGCGAAUCCGCCGAUGUACGCAUCGAUUCCGAUGCCCAAUACUCUGGCUCAGAACAUUAUUAAGCGCGAGGCGGAUUAUGGUGCCAUUCAGUACGACCGCAACGGAAUGCCCAUCGCUCGCAUCCACCAGCGGCACUCCUCAAUGCCUACCUUCGUCGAGUACUCUCCAGCUCCGUCCUUUGUCUCCUCCCACUACGAAGAUUACAGCAACCGGGGGUUGUCCUUCGAGCCCGUCACCCCACCGCAGCACAGCUCCCACAUGGGUGCCGAACCUGCGUAUAUUGCUAAUGAAGACACGGGUCUGUAUACUGCAAUCCCAGAUAUCUCUUCCGGAGCUUCCUUCAACCCAAUGAUGCACCUGCCACCAUCCAACCUCGCCAGCGGGCACUUUCCCACGCCUGCCCGGACUUUCCACUCCAAUGUUUAUUCCGUUCUGGAGGGAUCCCCCACCUAUAAGCAACGCCGGCGCCGCUCUUCAAUCCCACCCGGCUCUAUCAAUCCUGUCACAGGCGGCACGCAAUCUCCUGCGCCAGCUCAAGGCUCCCAGUCAAUUUCUUACGCCGCUCAUAAACCGAGUGAUUUGCGGCGCUCUGUUUCCAGUUCGGUCGCUCCUGGAGAUGGGGAUGAGUUGCGUCACGAUUCGCUGCACCGCUCUGUUAGUGCGACAUAUCAUCCUGCUGUCCUUCCCCAGAAGAAUCUGCUCCAAGAAAUGUCGCGCAAUGGAACCCCUCUUUCUAGCGUGGAUGAGAAUCAUGAGCAAAACUCCAUUCCGCUUGCCCGGACACCGGACAAUCUGGCUGCUCUCCCCACAAACGGAACCAUGGAAACAACCGUCCACAAUAACGUCGGUAACAAGGCCGACAGAUUCUCGACAGGCCCUGUCCGUCGUGCACGGAGCGCUACGAUGAUGGAACUCGGACCGUAUCCUCAAAAAUCGCAUUCUUGCCCGAUUCCUUCUUGCGGGCGGCUCUUUAAGAGAUUAGAGCAUCUGAAACGACAUGUGAGGACUCACACCCAAGAGCGCCCCUACCCUUGCCCAUACUGCAACAAAGCGUUUUCCAGGUCUGAUAACCUGGCACAACACCGUCGCAUCCAUGAGGCACAGCAGGAUGGCCAUCAACCACUCAUACACGAUGAGGACUACGAUAAUGAAGACAACGACUCGGUUACCCACGACGAAGAUGACUCUCCGACCGAGUCUAUCCAACAUACAGUUUCUGGUGUAGCCUCGAUCCCCACCGCAAUGACUCUACCGUCGACAAUGGGGACAAUGAUGGCAUCUCACAUGAUUGCGCCUCAGCUCCUGCAGCAACACAUGUAG